AGUGCAUGUGAAAACUACGUGAGCUUACUGUACACUGUAUGCGGCUGCGUAUUACAGCGUUUUAGUAAGAUAGCGUGGUGUGUUAUUAUUUAACUGUUUGUGAGUAUUUUUAUAUCUUGUACUAAAUAAUAAAUUUUAUAAAAUGCCGAAAACUAAUGCCGAAAUGUGUCGUCAAUAUCGACGCAAAAAAUGAAAUUAAAAUGAAAAAAAAUUCAGCAAAAAGGUCAACAGAACGUAGUCGCGAGUUUCGUGCCCGUAAAAAACAAUUAUUGAACAAUCAAAAUAGAUGUUCAGAUAUAAGUGUCAAUGUGACUGAUGUAAUAAAUGACCACUCUCAGCAACAAAAUAGUGUUCCAACGGGAUAUAAUUUAGUAAAUAAUGAUUAUAACCCUCCAGUAGAUGUACAGCCAGAAAUUCCAUACUCACGGUUUCGUCGAAAUAAGUUUGCUCAUAAAGAAUUUAACGACAAGUUUUUAAACAAUAUGUUUGGUCAUAAGUGCUCCGUUUGUGAUCGAUUGUGGUUUAAGUUAGAUUUAAAAUCACCACGUGCUGAAGAUGAACAAUUAUUAAGGGUAAUAGUUGAAAAUUACAAUACAGUUGAAGAUAUUUUACUGUGCAAGACGUGUUACCAAGCAAUUGGGAGGAAAGUGAUUCCUAUAAUGUCUACUUAUAACGGUUUUAAAUAUGAAAAAAUACCUGAGGUUUUACCACCGCUUGACUUAAUUUCGGAAAGACUUGUCUCACCACGAGUUCCAUUUAUGCAAAUUCGACGGUUACGACAUGUUCAUGGGCAAUAUGGAAUUUAUGGACAAAUCAUUAAUGUACCAGUCGAGGUAAACAAUAUGGUAAAACUCUUACCCCGUAAUGUCGAUGAUGAUUACUGUAUUAACGUACACAUUAAAAGAAAAAUAAUACAUAGAUCAAGCUAUUUAAUGGGACUAGUUAAUAAAAGGACAAUUCGUGCAUGGCUUCAGUAUUUGCUUCAAACUCCACUUUAUUUAUUUUACGAUAUUAAAAUUGAUGAAAGCUUCUUCAACAAUAAUAGUAAUAAUGAAAUCGAUCUAGAAGAAAUGAGUGAAGAUAUACCGGUCGAAGAGAGUCUAACAGCACAACAGAAAACUCUACUUUGGAAUGAAGAUAUGUAUUUACGGAUCGCUCCUGGAGAAUAUAAUAUUCCCAAAAGUAUAAUUUUUGAUGAACAUGCCGAAGAACUUUCUUUCCCAUCGAUUUAUUUGGGUCAUUUCCGAAAAUUCAGAGAGGGAGUAAAUGCAACACCGUUCGCAAUAGCAACUAGCGAAUUACGAAGAUCAGAUCGGCGUGGAGUUACUCCACAUCAUUUAUUAUAUCUAGCAAUGAAAAUUAUGAGGUUAAGAGUUCGUGACUCGCUUACGAUUGCAUUUAAACAUGUGGGAAAAAAUACUAAUAUUACACGGCAGCAAGUUGAGUCAGCUGACUACAUUAAUAAUUGUAUCGAAAGUAAUUUAGCUUUUCUGCGCUCAAUACCAAAUUCAGUAUGGUAUUGGAGCGAUCGAAAAAGAGAUCUUUUUGCGAUGAUUCGGCAACUAGGAAAACCUACGAUGUUUCUUACUUUGAGUGCCAAUGAAAUCGGAUGGACCAAUUUAAUACAAUUAUUGUACAAAUUAAAAAAUAACGGUACUGAAAUUUCAGCUGAACAAGCUGCGUCACUGGAUUACAUAUCUAAGACUACACUAGUGAAUGAAGAUGCUGUGACCUGUGCUAUCUAUUUUAAUAAAAUAGUCAAUAUAUUGAUAACUAUUCUCCAAUCAAAAGAAGAACAGCCCAUUUGGAAAUUAUUAUGUUGUCGACUAUUUUAAACGAAUUGAAUUUCAGCAUCGUGGUAGUCCUCAUGCACAUAUUUUAUUGUGGCUGAAUGACGCUCCAUCAGAUCCUCUUGGUACAAACUAUCAAGAUACUGUAAUGAUGAUUGAUCAAUUGAUAUCAAUUUCUUCAUCAGAAGCUUCUGGACAUAUUCGCUUGCAAAGUCACAAACAUACCUUUACCUGUUAUAAAAAGUACAUGCCAAUCAACCUCAGAAAUGCCGAUUUGAUGCUCCAUUUAUGCCAUGUAAAUCCACUACAAUAUUAAAACCAAUGCAGAAAGAUCAUCCAGGAUAUGCUGAUUACGCUAAGCGGUAUAAACAAAUACAAAUUAAUCUUGAGAACAAUGAUUACGAGAAUAUUGAAAUGUUUUAUGCACAAAAUCAUAUAACUUCUGAUAAUGAUUAUUUUCAUAUUCUUGAAGCUGGAAUUACCAGACCUAAAGUAUUUUUGAAGCGACAACCUAAAGAUAAAUGGCACAACCCUUUCAAUCCUUUUAUUCUCAAUGUCUUACAAUCAAAUACAGAUAUGCAAUUUAUUAUCGAAGAAUACUCAUGUGCAGCGUAUGUUGUUGAAUAUGUCAAUAAAACUAAUAGGGGUAUAAGUAAUUUACAAAGACAAAUUCAUGAAAUCAUGGAUGAAAACCCUGAGUUUGAUAUAGUAGAA